CACCCCGCCCACAGCAGCGCUUCUGGUGUCAGGUAGAGGAACACGGUGCGGGUUUUACCACCUGAAAACCACCGCAUCUGGACUAACUGUCGGGACAGCGGAGUGGGGGGGCUGAUCUGGAGCGGGUCUGAGAGGAGCCUGGCCCGGUUUGCAGCGUGUCGGUGACGAGUGUGGACCGCUAGGAAAGAAACCAGGAGGGAAAGUUUGCUUCAGCUUCGGUUCACGUCUCUGCAGCACCGUUGUCAGUCAUGUUCAGGUAGAGACGGGCUCCACGGCGCCCACCAUGCGGAGGCAUCUGGACAAGAUCCGGUUCCGGGGCCAGAGACGGGACGAGCUGGAUCUGGCCGAGUCGCCCUACACGUCUGACACAGAAUGCACUGAGGAGGUCGUGAUUAAACCUCGCGUCUCUGUCAGAGAGGCGGAGGAGCCGAGGGAGGCGGAGGGCGAUCAGCAGAGUUACGCUCAGGCCAGUUCAGGAUCAUUUUCUGCAGCUCUCCAAGACGAACCCAGGACAGAUCUCAACGAGGUCAAAGGUCAUCUGGAAAUUGCCUUGUUAGAGAAACACUUCUUACAGGAGGAGCUGAGGAAACUUAAAGAGGAGUCCAACGUGGAUUCACUGAAGCAGGAGCUGGAGAGGGAGCGCAGUAGAUGCAACGAGCUGGAGCAGAAGAUCAACGAGAUCUUGAGAGCCAGCCUUGAAGACUCACCUUCUCAGACACCUAAAGCCACGCCCCCUCCCCCGCCACCUCCACCUCCUCCACCUGCACAUGCAGGCAGCGGUACAGACAAACAGAAGGACACCCCUUCCAACAGCUUUUUGAAAUGGCUUUAUGAGCGUUUUGCCGUUUAUAUGGAGGACUUCCGCUUCCAACCAGAGGAGCAGACGGUGGAGACGGAGGAACCGCUGAGUGCCAAGAGGUUGACUGAAAACAUGAGACGGCUCAAACGAGGUUUCAAACCUUUGACCAACUUCAAGAGGAACCUUUCUGCCUUAUCCAGCUGGUACUCAGUCUACACGUCAGCCAUCGCCUUUAUUGUCUACAUGUAUGCAGCGUGGCGUGGCUGGGUCAUCCCCAUGUUCCUGUUCCUCGCCAUCCUCCGCCUCUCCUUGAAUUAUCUCAUCGCCAGAGGCUGGAGGAUCCAAUGGAGCAUCGUACCUGAAGUCUCAGAGCCUGUGGAUCCUCCUAAAGAAGACCUGACGGUAUCGGAGAAGUUCCAGCUGGUUCUGGACGUCGCUCAGAAAGCUCAGAAUCUGUUUGGGAGGAUGGCCAACAUCCUGGAGAAAAUAAAGAAUCUUUUCAUGUGGGUUCAGCCAGAGUUGACUCAGAAGCUGUACGUUGGUCUGUUGGUGGCCUUCAUCUCCUCCUGCCUGCUGCCGUACAAACUGCUGGGAUUCAUGAUAGGUGUGUACGCAGGUAUAAAGUUCUUCAUCAUCGACUUCAUCUAUAAGAGUUGUCCCAAGCUGAGGCAGCGCUACGACACGCCCUACAUCGUCUGGACCAAUUUACCUACCGACCUGCAGCUGAAGGAGCGCAACAACGCCACGCUGAGCAGACGGGUUCCUGCUGCGGGGGGUCGAGUCAGCUCCAGCGCUGCAGCUCCUCUGAGUGUCGGCCGGGACGAGGACGGAGGACGAUACUACAGCACCAAGAGAGGAGCUUUUCACGAAGUCUUUAACUUGCCGGAGAGUGAGCGUCCUCUGGCAGUGUGUGAGAACGGCUGGCGCUGCUGCCUCAUCAACAGAGACAGGAAGACCCCGACAGACUACAUCCGCAAUGGAGUCCUCUACGUCACUGAGAAUCAUCUGUGUUUCGAGAGCUCCAGCUCCAGGUCUGGAUCCUCCAAGAGGAACAAAGUCAUUAAACUCAAGGACAUCACAAUCCUCCAGAAGUACAAAGUGCUGUCAGUGCUUCCUGGUUCUGGGAUGGGUAUCUCUAUAGCAACGCCAUCCACCCUGAAGCCGAUGGUGUUUGGUGCGAUGAUCCACAGAGACGAGGCCUUUGACGCCAUCAACGCUCAGUACCAGAAGAUCAACUCCACGGCUGCAGCCACCAGCCCAGAGCCAUAGGCUAUGUGCAAAAUUCACUCCAUACUUACUAUAGUGCACUAUAUUUACUGUCCGCCAUUUUAUUUGGGUGCCUGAAUUUCCUGAGUAUGUAAAUGUAUCCACUAUAUAGUACCCUCAAAGUACAAUCCAUGGCAUUUACUCUUUAUUACUUUAUUCGUCAGUCACAUUUUUAAGCCGCUGCUGACUUCAGUUGGAGCUGCUGGUCUGCUUUUAAGGGUUACCUGUUCAGUCAUCCAAAUAAAUCGAAUCAGAAUCAGCCAAA